UCGAUCUCACAGAAACAGGUGUCAGUUUUUCGUCCUAGGCGAACACAAUCAAGUCGAUAUAAAGACCAAGUGUGUGAUUUGGUCUGUUUAAAAAAAAAUGUUUUCCUCAAAACUUCGACUCCUCUCCUGUUUGGUUCUAGUGGCAUUAGUCGGUGCCAAGAAGAAAAGUGUACCUGGUAUUUUUACAAGACAAACUAGCUGUAAGGAAGGAGAGUUCAGGUGCACCAACGGUGUUUGUAUCCAGAUAGACUGGGUCUGUGAUACUGACGUAGACUGUGGAGACGGAUCAGACGAGCAACAGAACUGUGAAACGGACUGUACUGGUGAGCACCAGCUGAAAUGUAAUAACGGCCGGUGUAUUACCAGAGAGUAUCUGUGUGAUGGGGACAAUGAUUGUGGAGAUGGGACUGAUGAAAAUGAUUGUGAACACACAGAGUGCACACUUGGAGAGGUCAAGUGCAGCAACAAUAUCUGUAUAGAAGAGUCCUGGAUAUGUGACGGGGACAACGACUGUGGAAAUGGCUGGGACGAGUCCAACUGCCCUGCCAGUGGCAAGAGGAGUGACGAGAAGCCUGCCGUUAAAAAGUCUAAGAUGGCUAAAGGAAACAGCUAUGCUGACAUCUACAAACGACAGACUAGUUGUAAGGAUGGAGAGUUCAGAUGCACCAACGGUAUUUGUGUCCAGAUAGACUGGGUCUGUGAUACUGAGGUAGACUGCUCAGACGGGUCAGAUGAGCAGCAGAACUGUGAAACGGACUGUACUGGUGAGCACCAGCUGAAAUGUAAUAACGGCCGGUGUAUUUCCAGAGAGUAUCUGUGCGAUGGGGACAAUGAUUGUGGGGACGGUACUGAUGAAACUGAUUGUGAACAUACAGAGUGCACACUUGGAGAGGUCAAGUGCAGCAACAAUAUCUGUAUAGAAGAGUCCUGGAUAUGUGACGGGGACAACGACUGUGGAAAUGGCUGGGACGAGUCCAACUGCCCAUCAAGCGGCAAGAGGACUGAGAAAAAGGCUUUAAUCAAAAAGUCGAUGAUGGCAGCGAGAGUAAGCAAGGACGGCACAUACAAGAGGCAGGUCACCUGCCCUCCCCUCCACUUCCAGUGUAACGAUGGCGGAUGUGUACAGGACGAUUGGAAGUGCGAUAUUGACCGGGACUGUGCGGAUGGAUCUGAUGAAGUCGGCUGCCCUGUUGACUGCAGUGGUGAGCACCAAUUCCUCUGUGCCAACGGCCGCUGUCUCACCAAGGAAUACCAGUGUGAUGGUGACAACGAUUGUGGUGACAUGUCGGAUGAGAUCGACUGUCAUAAAGUCGUUUGCUCAGCGGGCGAGAUCCAGUGUGACAACUUCCUGUGUAUAGAGGCAGCCUGGCUGUGUGACGGAAGUGACGAUUGUCGUGACGGUUGGGACGAGAGGAACUGCACUGGGGCGUGCGAAGACAACCAGUUCCGCUGUGCCGAUGGAUCUAAGUGUAUUGACCUAAAUUGGGAGUGUGACGGAGAUGAUGAUUGUUACGAUGCCAGCGACGAGAAGAACUGUGUCUGCACGCCCUAUCAGUUCCAGUGCCACAACGGCCGCUGCAUCAACGGCAAUUGGAAAUGUGACGGAGAUAACGACUGCGGCGACGCCUCAGAUGAAACAGAUUGUCCCACCAUACACCCCAGCAUAUGUGACGACAUGAUGACCGUGCGAGACUGCGCCUUGAUGAACGAGACGAACCACCCCAUCUGCCUGGAUCCAGUUGAUGGCCCCAAGUUCUGCAGAAAGUACUGCAGCCUGUGUCUGUCCAAUAUCAACUUGACCCAUCCACCCCAGUGAUAAACUGUUUCUAAUUUAGAUGGGAGCACACACAUCUCCAGAACAAUUCAGUUCUAAUAAACAUUUUUUAUUUAGUACUGAUGUACUAGUAUUAAA